AAAGAGUGGUUAUCAUUUACAGUGCACAAAGCUGGCCAGAAACCUCUCCAUUCAUUAUGUGGUAGUUUCAAAGGACUGCUUGGGAAAGAAAUAUAGCUGCCUGAUUUUAUAGUGUGAGGGCGUUAAUCUACGCGAGGACAUUCUGUUGAUCAGGGUGGUGCUGGGACAUCUAGCAGGUCGUGUGCGGUGCUAUCGUCCGUCCUCACGGUUGUUCCCUGAACAUGGGGGAGCCACAGAACAAGGUGUUAUCCCGUCCCAUAUUUCGCCGUGAUUUGGGCUGGGAGCCUUUCCCAAACUGGACGCAGCCACACCGCAUCUUCAAUCAGGACUUUGGCCUGCCGCCGCUGCUCGAGCCCAACGACCUGACAUGGAUCGACUGGGCCAAGAGGAGGCUCUCCACUUUCUCCUGGCCCGGGUACACGCAGUCCCCCAUGCUGGCCCCGUUCAACGGCCAGCCUCCACUGCAGAGACAGCUGUCAGGGGGGGUGUCUGAGAUCCAGUCAGGUCAGGAAUGCUGGAGGAUCAGCCUGGAUGUCAAUCAUUUCUCUCCUGAGGAGAUCGCCAUCACAACCAAGAUGGGAUACUUAGAGGUAUCAGGAAAACAUGAAGAAAGACAGGAUCAGCAUGGAUCCGUUUCAAGGAAUUUCACCCGGAAAUAUAAGCUACCACUGGGGGUGGACUUGCAACACAUCAGUUCCCUUCUCUCUGGAGACGGAGUGCUGUCUGUGGAGGCUCCGGUGCCCGGGAUAGCGACCAGUCACCCAACCACGGAGAUAGUCAUUCCCAUACAGACCAGUGAAAGUUGUAGCCAGAAUAUGUAGCUAUAAACCAAGCGCGGAAAGCCAAACACAAAACCCAACUAACAUAGCCGUCCGACAAUACACCACUUAGUGUUGCAUUUUUACUAGAACUUUUGAGUCAAAAUUAACUCCUACUUAAUUAUAAUAACUUGCUCUUGUAUUUCCACACUCUAAUGUUUAUUUCAUACUAGCACCAGUAGUUAUUUGGGCUGUAGGCCUAAUGCUUUAUUUCACAAUGGCAUUGUAAUGCACUUUUUCUCUUUCAUUAAAAUUACAACAUUAAGCCAUAUUGUUUCUUACAAAACUACGAAUGUGUGUUUGAAAAUACGUCCUAUACAAGCUAACCAUCAAAGAUUUCUAACCAUAAACAAUUGUUUAUGGUACAGCUUUAGGUUAGGCCUAGCAAUGGAACCAGUUUGACCCAAGAAUGACUCUUCUGGAUGUUGCGUCCUAAUCUUAUUAAAUUAGAAGAGAUUUGUCAAUGCGAUUGUAUAUAUAAAACACACACGAGUGACUGAUGCACAUAGUCUUAAUGUUAGGCCUCCUGUACAACAUAAUAUUUUGAGAUUUGUAUUGUUUGUGACUUGACGGAAAGAAGGUAUUAUGCAAUUAAAUAAUAAUUAAUUAAUAUGGCUAAGAUAUCUGUUUGGCAGUACCCUGUUCCGAUGAGGAAACAUAUCAUCCCAUGACUUAACUGGGUGUUGUUUACUCUGAGCCGAAAAAAAAGGA